AUGGAAAUUGAAUAAGUAGAAUAUACCAUAUAAGAACUGACUCCACCUUAGCUAUACAUUAUUAAAAUUACAACUUAACUUAACCUAGAAUAAUAUUUCCAAAAUAUCAAUAUUAGAUUGAAAAAAGAGUUUAUGAAAAACAAUCAUUUACGCAAUUGUUAUUUGGACAUAUUUGAAAAAGACAGCAUACAAAGAAAACAAUGUUCAACUACUGAAUUAUUAAUCAAUUUGUUCAAGACAUCUUAUUCUGAACUCAUGAAUAAAUAAAUUGACAAUAUCGGAAUUAUUAAACUAUUUAUUGAAGACAAUAUUGAUGCCUUUAUAACUGGAUCAUUAAUACCUCCAUAAUAAGUUUGGCAUGAUUAUAAAUUAUUAAUUUUAGCCAUUAUUAUUAAAAUUAUGAGAAUGAAAAGCAUUACAGGACAAUUAAUUUAUGAAUGCAUGGUGGCUCAGUUAUAUGCGAAAUUAGGGUGCAUUUUUUAAAAUGAGGAUCCAUAUAUACCAGAGUUCAAAGAUUAUUUUGAAUGGAAUUUUUGGUCUUGCGAUAGAAAUAAAUAAUUAGAAAUAAAUGAGCUUACAGAAGACUAAUAAAGUUAAUUAAGAAUAGUAAGCAUCAUGAGAAAAUAUUCCUUUCUGCUUUGGAGUUUAUUAUGGAUUGAUCCGAAUUAAAUCUUAAGCCUAAAUCCAGAUCUGCUAUAAUUUAGAGAAGAAUAGAAAAUACCAGCCUAUCGAUAUUUGAAUAAAGAUAGGUAAAUGUUUGCAAUAUUAGUGCAUAAAUUUGUUUAAUGCCAUACAUUUGCUUUUGUUCCAGCACUCAAUUCAUUGUAUGAUGUAGUUCAAGAUAAGAAAAUCUUGUUGCCCAUUUUCAAUAGAUUUUAAGAUAAAUUAAGCAAUGAUGAUCUCCUAGAGAGUUUAUUGGAUAAUUUAGGACCAUUGAAGGAAUAAGCCAAAAGUGAGUUCUUUGUCUACCCUCAGGUUCAUGAUAAAGGAUUAGUAAAGAUUGUUUAGGGGAAAUUAAAAUUACUUUUGGAUGAGGGAAGCCAAACGGAAAAUGAGUUUUACGCAAAAUUAUUUUUAAACGAUUAGAGACCUACAUUCUAUUAGGAUUGAUUUAAAUAACAGUUAAUAUUUUAAUUUUUGAAUUUAUUUUA